AAGAUGAUGUCUGCAAAAGAAAUGGUUAAAGUAAUGAUCGUCCUGUUUGCAAUUUGUUUUUUCGCAAAAUCAGAUGGGAAAACCCUGCAGAGGAAAACUGUGGGUGAAAUACAGCUUAUGCAUAACCGGCGUCAACAUCUGAACAAGAAGGAAAGGCAGGAGUGGCUACGGAAGUUGCUGGAGGAAGUGACCAUGGCAGGUGCUAUGGUUCCCAAGGAUGAUGUUUCCAGGAGGUCUCUAAGAAACGAAGACAAAGUCCUGGUUGAGAGCCAUGAAAAACGACUUGCAGAAGCAGACAAAGCUGAUGUGGACGCAGUAACUAAGGUUAAAUCCCAGUGA